AUGCUAGGAAAAAGGAAAAUUGGUGAAGCCCAACAACAAAAAAAGAAAAAAAAAUGGAUCGAGGAAUUAGAUGACGAUUCAGAAGAAAUUGAUUUAGACUGUUUGAAUAAUUUGAAGGAUGAUGAAAAGGAUAAUUUGGAAAAAGGGGAGGAUGAUGCAUUGAGUGAUGAGUUGCAUGAAGAGGACGGAGGAAAUGAGAUACCAAAUAUAGCAGCAAAAGAUGAUGAUAAAGAUAUUACACAAAAUGGAAAUAAUAAAAAGAAAAAGAGAUACGAUUGGAUGAGUAGUGAAGAUGAAGAUAUAUCAAGCGAGGAAGAAGAAGAAGAGGUGAUGGAAGAAGAUGAGAAGGGGCAAGGAAGUGAUCAAUCAGUGGGGGGAGAAAAUGUAAAAUGUAAAAGUGAAACUUCCCUGCUGGAACCACAUAAUACAACUGAACAAGAUAAAUUCUUUGAAAACUAUAGCAAAACGAAAGACCGAAUAGAAAACGGAAAUGUGGGAGACGAAAGUGGUAAUGAGAGUAAUGCAGAAAACAAUUAUGCUAAAAAUGAAAAUAAGCAUAAAAGCAACGUUAAUGAAAAAAAUAGUAUUGAUGACUGUGGCCACAUUGAAAUUAUUGAUAAUAUAAAUAAAUACUCAAUUAACCCAUUAGACAUAAAACUAGAAGAAAUUGAACAUUUAGUAACUUAUGUAUACUUUAACAACAUUCAUUUCAAUUGUGUUACGGAACACCUGGUUGAGUUUUUAGAAAAUUUUACUAAGGACAAAAUUAUGCAAAUUAAUUCAGACAAAUCAACAAAUUAUACCAUAAUAUACAAAAAUGACGAAAAAAAUAAUGACAAAGUUUUGAUAAAUAAGUUUCCUCAUUAUGGAAAAUUAUUUGUUCAUGUUAAAAAUUAUCAAGAUGUUCUGAGGCUUCUUAAGCUAAAUGAAACCCAAUUCAUGGGAAGAAUCAUAAAAUCCACACAAGCGUAUAAAAAGAAAAACAGUUUCUUUAUUUUACAAGCACCCGUCCACUACAAGUAUUUUAUCCAAGUUGUAGCUAGUGAAAAAAGCAAGAAUAGUUUGAACUAUGUGUGGAUCAGAUAA